AGUGACGUCAUGGAUAAGUACCUCUGAAAGCGUCUCUCUUCCGCCUCCCAGCCCAGAGAACAGAGAGUAAACCGCUCUCUGGGUUUCCACACACUAAAUCCACUUCAGGCUGUCAACGCGGGCCGAGCCGACGCUGCUCUCAGAGUCUCUCUGUUCUCCUCAGAUCCUCCUGUGUCCAGCUUUCCAAAUGAGUGACGGGGAGUGUGACUUCUUCUGCUUCUUCCGCUGCUGUUGAGCGCGCUCUCUCCACGCCUCAGACACACACAGAAGGCAGCGUGUCUCCCCACACUGACACCAGCAGGUUUGAAGGGGGCGUCGGGUGACGCAAGGGAGGUGGAGCUUCAAACGAGCCAUUUCAACCAAUCGGAGCGGUAGGAUCCGACAGGUAGGCGGGCCGUCUACCUGUACGGGUGUUUUGAUUCAGUCGACUGGAUGUCUGUGGACAUGAAUAGCCAGGCGUCGGACAGCAACGAGGAAGACUUCGGGGUGAACUCUGAAGAGGAGGAGGAUGAUGAUGAUGGAGGAGAAGAGGAUGAUCAGGGCGACAUCGCAGGCUACUACGAGGGCGUGGCCAGCGACGUGGAGCAACAGGGCGCUGACUCCUUUGACCCGGAGGAGUACCUGUUCACCUGCCUGACCUACAAAGAGAGUCAGAGGGUGCUGACGGAGGAGGUUAACACUGUGGCUGUUGCACUGAAGGUUUCACCAGCAGUAGCAAAACUGAUCCUGGUGCAUUUUCACUGGCACGUUUCACAAAUACUGGACAGAUACAAGUCCAACUCGUCUCUGCUGUUGUCAGACGCACUUGUUCAGCCCAGCAGCACCUGCAGAACAGUCACUGCCCCUCAGUCCCUCCAGUGUGGUGUGUGUCUACAAGUCGUACGGAGAGACUCCCUACUGGCACUGCCCUGCCAGCACUCUUUCUGCAAAGGAUGCUGGGAGCAGCACUGCACUGUACUAGUCAAAGAUGGCUUGGGAGUGGGUAUCUCAUGUAUGGCUCAGGAAUGUUCCCUGCAGAUGCCAGAAGAUUUUGUCCUGCCGCUGCUGCCAGGAGAGGAGCUGAAGGACAAAUACAGACGCUACCUCUUCAGAGACUACGUUGAGAGUCACUUCCAGCUGCAGUUGUGUCCGGGUGCAGACUGUCCCAUCGUCAUCAAAGUGCAGGAGCCCCGGGCGCGCCGGGUGCAGUGUAGUCGCUGCAGUGAAGUCUUCUGUUUUAAAUGCCGUCAGAUGUACCACGCUCCCACAGACUGUGCAACAAUCCGAAAAUGGCUGACCAAAUGUGCAGACGACUCUGAAACUGCUAACUACAUCAGCGCUCACACUAAAGAUUGUCCUAAGUGCAAUAUCUGCAUUGAGAAGAACGGAGGAUGCAAUCACAUGCAAUGUUCCAAGUGCAAACACGACUUCUGCUGGAUGUGUCUCGGCGACUGGAAGACCCACGGCAGUGAAUACUACGAGUGCAGUCGCUACAAAGAAAACCCUGAUAUAGUCAACCAGAGCCAACAGGCUCAGGCCAGAGAGGCCCUCAAGAAAUACCUCUUCUACUUUGAGAGGUGGGAGAAUCACAAUAAGUCUCUGCAGCUGGAGGCUCAGACGUACCAGAGGAUCCAGGAGAAGAUCCAGGAGAGAGUGAUGAACAACCUGGGCACCUGGAUCGACUGGCAGUACCUGCAUAACGCUGCAAAGCUACUGGCUAAGUGCCGCUACACGCUGCAGUACACGUACCCUUACGCCUAUUACAUGGAGUCAGGCCCACGGAAGAAACUGUUUGAGUACCAGCAGGCCCAGCUGGAAGCAGAGAUUGAAAACCUGUCAUGGAAGGUGGAGCGGGCUGACACCUACGAGAGAGGAGUGGUUGGAGGCGAGGGGGAGCUCAGCGCCAGUGACAGAGGGGAUCUGGAGAAUCAGAUGCACAUCGCUGAGCAGAGGCGACGCACGCUGCUGAAGGAUUUCCACGAUACCUGAGGCCCAAUCGCCGCUGCAAAGCACCAGCAUCUCCCUCCCUCCUUCUCUCCUUCUUUCCUCGCCUCCUCUCUUUGAUUCCUUCCAGUCAUCCCUCGAUGCAGUCAUACUGACCCCUCUUUUUGCUUCUCUCCGCUCGCUCAUUUGCUUUUUUUUUUUCUUUCUUUCUUUCUGUUUCUCCCUCCUCUUGCUCCCACAAUGCUGCAGGGUCACAGAAUGGCACGAUUGUAUCUCCCCUCCUCUUCUUCUUCUCAUUCUCAUCCCCCGGCUCAUUCACAGGUUUCGGAUUCACAGCAUCACACUCACUGCAGUCACACUUGUUGCAGCUUUUCUUAUCUGAUCAAAGAGGUUGUGUGUCAGAAACCAGUUGGUAUGUGGAUAAAUUAUAUUUUAUAUCACAUAAAGCAUUAAUACACAAACAUGAGCAGCUAUAAGCAUCCUGUUACCUUUUGAAGAAAGUGUAAGAACCACAGCUGUUGUUCUCCAACGUUAUUCUAGGACAGCAAAAUAAACCUGCUCGUGAUGGAGGAUCUUUUUUUUGUAUGGAGAUGAAAUAAAAUUCCUUCAAAGAGAUUGCAGAUUGUGGAUCUAUAUUUGAUGGUUUCACAUGGACCAUAAUGACUAUCUGGCUCUUUAUAGCAGUAGUCCCCUUAGAGCUGAUUGGCUGAAACAAAAGCAAAGUUAAUGCUCUGAAAGUCAACAUUUAAAUCUAGCUACCUCUGGAAAAUUAAAACCAACAAGAGGACAAGUAGCUCUUCCUGUUUUACUGUUAGCAUCUGGUUUUGCAAAGCUUGAGAUUUGACGAGCUAUAGCAGAGUGAUGCUUUCAGACAACAGGUCCCUGGUUUGGUUUUAAACGAACUUUGUUUUUGACCAAAUCAGGUGCAGCUUCACUACCAAGCAAAUCCUGAAUGCCAGAUCAAGGAGACCUAGAAGUGCUUUUUGAUAUUUAGGGUUUACUGGGAGAAACCGGUGGCCUCAGUUCCACAUAGCUCUCAAAAAUAUUUUGCUAUGAUGCAUGUUCAUGUACAGAGAAACUACAGAAUGAGUUGAAUUGUGUUUAGUUGACAUCCUUUUUUUUUUUUAGAUUUUGUCACCAGUGUUUCACAAUAAAUACCUCCCUCCCUUCCCCCUGUCCUUAUCUGCACCCUGAGCUGCUGCAGCUUCUACUGCCAGCAAAUAGUUGCUAGUCAUUAUGGUCGAAGUCAAACUAAAAUUCCUGAAGUUUCAUUCUUGUCUCUUGAGAUGAUGUUGCUGUUUGUCUUCAGUGUAAAAAUCGAUCUGUAGCACCUCAACUGAUCAGAUGAUAAAGAUGUGUUGAAGCGC